AUGUUUUCCGAGACACAAAGAACUUCUAAAUUGCAAAGCUACACAAAAGUAGUCACUGCGAUUGGCUGUUAUUGGUGAGUAAAAAAGGAAAUUGAAAAUAAAUAAUAACAUUUUGAGGAUCUUUUCUAUCGGAACAGUUUUUGUUAACAAAUAUCUGUUGUCAAGUAAUGCAUUGAAGGUUUGUUCCCGAUUCAUUUACAAAAACAGCUUUCAAAUAUUUUUAGUUGAAUGCGCCACUGUUCAUAACAUGGUUCCAGUGUUUGGUAUCUGUUUUCAUCUGUAUUAUUCUUAGCAAAGUUUCAAGAUUUUGCCCAGAACUGCUAGACCUUCCUGAGAUGACGAUCCACAGAAAUACAUGCAAAAAAGUAUGCAGUUUCCGUAAUUUCUGUAGAAAAAGCUGGGUUCAAGACUUUACCACUCUCCCUAGUUUUCGUCGGCAUGAUCGCCUUCAACAAUUUGUGUCUCCAAAAUGUCAGCGUCUCCUUUUACUACGUCAGUCGCAGCCUCUCAACUGUUUUCAGUGUUGUUAGUCAUUUUCAACUGCUUCCAUUUCCAAACGUGCCUUUCAGGUACUCACCUAUCUAAUUAUGUACAAAAAAGCGGCUCCGUUGGCAACCUAUUGCUGUUUUUUCAUUGUUUUUGGUUUCUGUCUUGGCGUAAAUCAAGAAGAUCUCAGCGGUAUUUUUUUUCAAUACAUUCGGAACGAUCGUUGUUUUGAAACUUCAAGUUUCAGGGGAGAAAAGCCAAAGUAGCAAAUGCUGAAAAUUUUUAUAUAUCGUUUCACGCCAACUUAUCCCUUUUUUCUGUCAAAAAGUCAUAUACCCUCAGUGCAAAGUUCGCUUUGAGAUCUGAGCCGUAUGCAAUAAAGUGGAAAAAGAUUUUCCGCCAUUUUCCUGAAAAUUGAAAAGACCUUAAACUCGCUAGGAUAUAAUGGAUUUCGACUCUAUCUGAUGUAAUAAGGCUUUAUAAGAAGAUUCUGACAGAGAAGAAACAAUUUCAGUCUAAAAAAGACUAAUUGUAGCCAUUUACGAGUGGCGGAAAACCAUUUGCGAAAAAGCUCUUUUACAUCUGCGGUUGAUAGAAAAUAGGUCCGACACGAAAAAUUCAAAACCGUAAUUAUUUUCUUUUGCCCUUUUUUCAAAUGACUAAAUUUGUGUAGUUUUUUUUGAAAGUGGAAUCAUUAUCUCUUUCAGGUUCGAUUUCCACGGUCGGAGUUUUUUAUGGAGUACUUGCUUCUUUUUUUGUUGCUCUUUACGCAUUUCUCACGAGAAGGUAAUUUUAUGGACAAGGCAGGAUCCAGAUGAGAGCAUCCUAUUUUACGAACUUUUAAUUGAUUAGCGACAAGUUUUGUUCCCCUUAACUGUUUAUGGAAAACAAUAAAAUUCUUUUUUUUUUUCAAUAAAACCUGCGAUUGCGUUUUAGUGCUCUGAAAUCAGUAGACAACAACCUUUGGAAGCUCGCAAUGUACAACAAUCUGAACGCUCUCAUCCUAUUCAUACCGUUAGUGGCCCUGAAUGGGGAAAUCGGAGAGGUGAUCAACUUCCCGUUGCUUCGAGAUCCCGCAUUUUGGGUUCCUCUAGUCCUUUCCGGCUUCUUGGGAUUCAUGAUGAGUUACGUCACGGGCUGGCAGAUUCAGGUGAUUGAGAUUUGGGUUCGGUUUUUUGUAUGAUUCUAUCAGCGCUGUUUUGAGAAAAUUUUCGAAGAGAUUUUAUAGUACGAUAAAAAAAAGUUCGCGGAAAUAAGAGAUUCAGUAGUAUCUGGAGAGCUUUUUUCAUCCACCUAGCUGUGAUUUGGAAAAUCCUCAUAUGUGUUUAUUAUAGUAAGAUGUCGUAUUAAGCUUUAUUGAGGCCCACGAGAUGUCAAAGUAAGCAAAAUUUGAUGUUAAAAUGGAGAAAUCGAAUUACUUAUUUUAAUUGCACUAAUUUUUUUCGAAAUAAGUCUAAAACUAACUAUGUUAUUGAGUGGUCAGGCGACGUCUCCUCUGACUCACAAUAUAUCCGGAACAGCGAAGGCAGCGGCUCAGACUGUGAUCGCCGUCAUUUACUGGGCAGAAGCGAAAACGGCCCUCUGGUCUGUUUUUAUUCUUCCUUUUGCUCUUUCAAGCAAGUCGUUUAGGUGGCUGAGCAACUUCACAGUCCUUUUCGGCUCGACUGCAUACACAUACGUGCAGAAAACCUUGAUGGAUGCCCGUUUAGAGUCAGAAAAGUUUUUUUUUUCUGCUUCACAGAAAUAAUGAGAACCCCUCACGAACUUUUCAACAUUUUCUGUCAAUCAAAAAGAAAAAAAAGUAUUGCGAAGACAAUUCUCAUUUCUUCGAGAUCCAUCUCGGUCAGUCCUUUCUUUUGAAGCGUUGAUGAGAUCUGUUGAAAAAUCAAGUUUUUAAUAUUUAUAAAACGGUAAUGAAAAAAUAAUCGUGGAUUCGGUUUGAACAUGUACUUUUAAAUGUUCCAUUAUGACCCGCUUUUUGAAUGAUAGUUUAAUAUAAAUCACUAGUGCCUGUUUUGAAUCUAAACGAAGGAUGAGGAGAUGCUGUAUUUUUUGCACUCAUUCUGAAUCUCAGCUCGAAAAUUUUCUCGAAAUUUUGAGGUAAUAGCUAUAGAUUCUGAAGAAGAGCUCAUAUUUAGUGAGCUGUGGUUCUGAAAUGACAGAUUCAAUUAUCCUAGAAGCCGCAGAGCCUAUUUCUACUAAUUUAUGUAGACCGCAGUUUUUUAUUUAAAACCUCACCUGAGUAGUCUUUUGAGAAGUCUCUUCUUGAGUUUAGUCCAUUUCUCCGUCAGCACACAUAAAAAGGAUGGUUUGAACGAUAUAAACAAAUAUAGUUCAGAUUGAGACAAGAGGAAAUGUCAGCGUUGUCGAGCAAAUCUCAAAGUACUUCCCAGCGUCCGUCAGUGACGAUAGACGCCAACGUCAUCAAUCACGAGCGUCGUCAGGUUGCUUCUGACACUCCCGUGAAGGUGAGGAAAUGGUGAAAAGUAUCUCUAUGAACUUGGAACAAUAUCAAGGUUACUGUUCCCCCUCCAAAAGUCCCAGCAGGAAUGCCGCCGAUGAGAGACGAGGUGAGUCGAAAGUCGAAUAAAUUCUCAUUAUUGCUAGUUUUCAGAUCGAAAUGCUCCGCUCAGGAUAUAAAGACCAGCACGGUAACGCUACCAAAACACAGGGGGCAGAGCUUAAAAUCGAUAUUAACUGA